AAAUCGGCUCCAAACCUCAGAGAGGAAACCAGGAAGCUCAGUUCCACCAGGAACGUUUCCACUUCCUGCCUUGUUUUUUCACAUAACGCAUGAACUCAUUUCUACCUGAGUGCUUCUGAAAGCUGAGCUGCAGUCGGCCUAAUUUAACAUGCAGAGAGGAGUUACUGGAAAAACAAAUAAAGCAGGAAGUGAGAGAGAGAAAACAGGAAGUUACAUCAUCGCUGAUCAGUUUUCUGACAGAACGAUCAGCAGCAGAGUCUAAAAACUCAGGAUGGCUCCUGGAGGUGAAAAGGUUUUCUGGAGCUUCAUGUUCCUGCUGGCAGGAGCCGCGGCCCAAACCAUCCGGUACCAGUUUGGAUCGACCUGUGCAGUGAGAGGAUCGACUGUCAUCCUGCCCUGUUACUUCACUCCUCUGAAAUCUUUCUCUCCUGAAGGAAGACAGAUUCCUCUGAGGAUCGUCAGAGUUCGCUGGUGUAAGAAUCAUCCGAUCUGUCAGGGAACGACUCCGUCUGUUUACGACAGCAACUCAACGGCCAGAGAGCCUCGGUUUCAUUACCUGGGCAACAUGGAGGCAAAGUGCACUCUGCAGAUCAGAGACAUUAAGAUGGAGGACAUGGGAACCUUUAGAUUCAGGAUGGAAGCAGAUAAUUCUGCUGGACAUUUUACAAACCCGACUGGAGUCACAAUCUCAGUGGCUGAUCUGAUCAAAAUGGAGAUAAAGAGCUCCAGCAACAAGUCAGAGGUCAGCAGAGGUCAAACUGUCUCCCUGCAGUGCAUCACUUCAACCUGCACCUUCACUCACCUGGAGGUCACCUGGAGGAAAGAUGGCCACGCCCUCCCAGGGAACGGCUCCGCCCUCCAGCUCGGCCCUCUGACCGCAAAGGAUUCUGGGAACUACAGCUGUGCUCUGACGAGUAACAUGGAGACCCAAUCAGAGCCGUUCAGCCUGCAGGUGGAGGAAAAGGAGGAGAAAGAGUUUAAACUUCCUCUGGCUGCUGCUGUGACGUUUGGAGUCCUGCUGGUGGUCACCACCCUCAUCCUCCUCAUCUUCAUCUUUAAAAGGAAGCGAACAGCAGCAGGGAGUCCAAACAUCAUGAGAGGAGAAGCAGAGAUGAAGACUGAUCACAUCUACAGCAACGUCCUGCCGCCUCUCCUGGAGGAAACAGGAAGUCAGAAACAGGAAGUAGAGGCUGAGGAGAUCAGCUACGCUUCGGUCCAGUUCAAACACAGCAAACACAGCAGAAAAGCAAAAGAAGAAUCUGAUCCGACCAUCUACUCUUCAGUAGCCUCCAGAGGAUGAGGUCACGACCCGCGACCUCCCAUUUUAAUGUGGCUGAAUCAACCGACAACAUCUUCUGGUUUCACCUCAGUACAGAAGAAGAAGAAGCAGCUUUCUGGACGAUCUGUGCGCCGGAUUAGACUCACAUGGAUUCUCUUUAUUAAUCCUCCAUCCUGCUGCAGCUGAAGCUCAAACUGUUUCUGUUUGAGAAACCGGGUCAGAACCGAAGGAAUCACGAUACUCAAGCAGAGCAGAAAUAUUUAACAGACAGUGUUAGAAACUGAAUGGCAUAUAAAUAAUGUCACCAAAUUAAAUUAUGCUGCUGACAAAACAAAAACAGCCUUUAAAUGUGACGCAGUUCCUGUUGUUUAACUUUUAUUUCUGAAAUCUGUAAAUAUCUUCAAGCACAACUAGAGACUGUAUGGAAUAUGUAAAUAGUACAUAAUGACAUAACAUUAUAUAAAAAUAUAUACAAUUGUGCAGUAUA